UACAUGUAGUAGCACAUACGGUGUCGCCUUAUCGCACUGUUUAGUUGAGAAAUAUAAAACAAAAAAUGUCAAAAAGUGGCGGGUAGAUUGUUUCCCGCUCAGUUAGUAAUCCACAUUUCGUCAUUCACAGUACAGUGCUCCGCCGGUUCGCACGUAUUACUUUAAUUUUUUCAAGCCAAUAAUUAAAUAGUGUAAAGUUCUUUAAUAUGGGAAAAAGGAAGCGUGAACGUGACGACGAUUACGAUUAUAUUAAGAAAAAAAUGAAGAAACUCGAAAGGAAAUUAAAAAAAGCCCGGAAGAAUCAUAGUGAUACGUCUUCUACAUCAUCGAGGAAUGCACCGUCAAUCGAAGAAGACGGUCCACCGAUUGUAGGAAACAAUUAUGAUAUUAUAUCUAGUGAGGAAGAAGUACUGGAGUCGAGUCGAUCGAACUUACCUAGCAAUAAUGAGGUCGGAGACACAUUGCCGUUAUUAACAACUGCUUCUGAUGACGAACCAUUACCAUCAACGAGUGCCGGCACCGCACCGGCGCCCGCCGAUCUUCCUAAUGAGCUGCUGCCGGGUCCAGAGCUUAACGAUGAAAUCUUAGCGAUACUAGGAGAUGACCUAUCAGUUGUCAAGGAAUAUGGAAAUGACAUUCAGGCGGACUUGGCGUUACGGCUUAAGCACCUGCUUACUCAGGGAAUGCCCAAAGAAAUUCGGAAGGAGUUACAUGACAGAUAUUUACCACCUCGUAAUUGUAAUUGUGUUGGCGCUCCUGAACUUAAUCUUGAAGUUAAGGCUGCUAUACCCGAUGUUAUAUAUAAAAGAGACCGAAGCAUCCAAGCGAAACAGAAACAAGUCGGUUGUGCAAUUUCAUGUAUUAGUGAAGCUUUAACAAUAUUGUUAUCUCGAGAGAAUAAGGACACACAGAUUAUCAAACUCUUAAUGGAUGGAAGUCGACUUUUGUGUGAUUGUCAACAUGCUGAUUCAGUCACGCGGCGUAAUUUUGUCCUUAAUAACAUAAAAAAGGACAUAAGGGAACACCUCGUGAAGUCAAAAAUUGAUAAGUUUCUAUUUGGCUCUGAUGUAGUGGAGGUAAUUAAGACUGCAAAAUCAAUAUCUAAAUCGGGGGCAGAUUUAAAAUCAGUUCCCACCACAUCUACAAUAAGAUCUACACAACCGGCCAAGAACAAACAAAAUCCAGGACCAUCUAGACAACAUACCAGGAAUAAUUUAAACUGGAAGGCUCCUCCCCCGGGUCGCAGGCAACAGGGGACUCAGAGGGCGAAGGAGCCUGCUCAGAGGAACCAGCACGCGAACUCCUCGCGACCAUCGCAGCGAGCGCCGGCGCAGGCAUCGCAGACCAAUUACAACCGCCGCUAGAUGUCCCGCAACCGAGCCGUCCACCAGCGAGUUACCCUGGUUGCCGGGCUGUUGUCCGCCAAUCGUUCUUGAGGCGUAGAGUCCCGCCAUCAUCCAUCCAGAUUAUGUUAGCCUCACUUUCUGACAGUUCGGUCAGGCAAUACGACACGUGUUUGAGGAAGUGGUAUCAAUUUUGUAAUGCUCAUAAUUUUAAUGUCUUUGAAGCAUCAAUUCCUAACGUAAUAUAUUUUCUAACGAAACUUUUUGAAGCAGGUGCUCAAUACGGGACCCUUAAUAGUUGUAGAUCAGCCUUGUCGUUGAUACUCGGUGUUCACGUUGGUAACGAUGACCGUAUGAAACGGUUUUUUAAAGGUGUUUUUAAACUCCGUACACCCUUACCCAAAUAUAACGUGACCUGGGACACAUCAACUGUUCUGGACACUUUGGCUACCUGGUAUCCUAAUGAAAAUUUAAAUCUCGAUAAACUUUCAAAAAAAAUUUCAACUCUUUUAGCUCUUGUAACCGCUCAUAGGUUACAGACCUUGUCCAAGAUUAAUAUUAAUAAUAUUGAACGAUUUCCUGAUAAGGUAAUAAUAAAAAUCCCUGACCUGAUUAAGACGUCUCGUAUUGGCUCCUUACAACCUGUACUCGUCCUCCCUUAUUUUCGAGACCGACCAGAGGUUUGUCCUGUUAAUGUAUUGCUUAGAUACUUAGACAUGACUGACUCCUUGCGAGGCAAUAAUCAUUACCUCUUUAUCGGUAUUAAAAAACCACAUAAAUCGGUAUCAUCUCAAACACUUAGUCGGUGGGUAAAAAGCACUCUUAGCGAGUGCGGUAUAAACGUGUCUGUGUUCACGGCACACAGUACGCGACACGCUGCGACCUCUAGGGCGCACCAGCUAGGAGUUAAUUUGGAUCUUAUAAGGAAGACCGCUGGGUGGAGCGGAUCUUCUAAUGUGUUUGGUAGAUUCUAUAACAGAGUUGUUGGGGACAUAAUCGAUCAUGAGUUAUUUGCUAGAUCUAUUAUAAAUAACGAUUCGUUACACUAAUAUUAUAUUAAACUUAUAAAUCAGGAAUGAUUAAUUUACAAUAUAAAUUAUAAUUUACCUAAGCACAAUUAGCUUAAUUUAUUUAUUCAUUUAAAAAAUAUUGUUGUUUUCCUUUUAUACAAGAAGUCAUUUUAUGUUGUUAGAAAUUAAAAUUAUAAUUGAUAGAA